GUGAUAAGGGGAAACAGCGGCAGCGCCUCGCUGGAGAGCCUCGACUUCUUCGGGCACAAGGAGCGGGCCCCUGAGGGGUCUGCUGGGGAGGGCUGGGCAGCGGCUGAGGCGGAGGUAAAGGGUGGAGAGGAAAGCGGUGGAGAGACGGCGGGAAAGAGGAAAAGAGCUGCAGAAAGCGGAGAAGGGAAGAAAAAAAAGAAAAAGACACGAGGUAUUCGAGGAAUACCAGAGUUGUCAGAAAGUAAUGGGAUAAAGUGGAUGUCCUCUCUGGAAGCAAAAUACAACGAUGCAAAAGACAAAAAACCUACUGCAGAAAAACUUGAACGCUUGAGAAGGCAAAAGAUAAACCACUUCAGAAAUCAACACAAGAUUAGUGUCCAAGGAACAGAUCUUCCUGACCCGAUUGCCACAUUUGAUCAGCUUCAGAAGGAAUACAAAAUCCACCCCAAAAUCAUGGAGAAUAUUCAGGCUGCUGGUUUCCGGGUGCCAACCCCCAUCCAGAUGCAGGCGAUUCCCGUCAUGCUUCACGGCCGGGAACUUCUGGCUUCAGCUCCUACUGGGUCUGGAAAAACACUGGCAUUUUGUAUUCCUCUCUUAACACACCUGAAACGACCCAGGAACAAAGGAUUCAGAGCUCUGAUCAUAUCGCCCACCCGGGAACUUGCUAGCCAGACACAUCGGGAGCUGGUGAAAUUGGCUGAGGGGACAGGCUUCAGGAUACACAUGAUCCACAAGGCAGCUGAAGCAGAGAAGAAGUUUGGGCCCAAAUCUUCGAAGAAAUUUGAUAUACUGGUUACUACUCCAAACAGACUCAUUUAUUUGCUGAAGCAAGAUCCUCCAGCAAUAGACUUGACCAGUGUGGAGUGGCUGGUGGUGGAUGAGUCGGACAAGCUCUUUGAGGAUGGGAAGUCGGGGUUCCGGGAGCAACUGGCCUCCAUCUUCCUGGCGUGCACGUCCCAUGUGGUGAGACGAGCCUUGUUCAGCGCCACCUUCGCCCAUGACGUGGAGGAGUGGUGUAAGCUCAACCUGGACAGCGUGGUUCUGGUGUCUGUUGGAGCAAGGUGGGUGUGCAGGUGGAUG